AUGUGGCCUGAGAUCCCUUCAGCUCUUAUUCCGCUGCUAAAUCUGCCACCAGGCGAGAGCCUCGAGCUGGGCCACUACGACAUACGAUACUUCCAUGGCGAGGUCGAGUACGAGGAACACCGGGAAACGCUGCGUCAUCUAAUCCGGUCUUACCUAACCGUGUUCCAGCACCUCGGAGUCGAGACAUGGCUGGCACACGGCACGCUGCUAGGGUGGUGGUGGAACGGCCGCAUCAUGCCGUGGGACUUUGACCUGGACGCGCAGGUGAGCAUAUCGACGCUCAAGUACCUGGGGGAGAACUACAACCGCACGCUGCACACGUACGAGUACUUCGACGACGGCGACCAAGAGGCUGUCGGCAACAACACCUACGGCAAAGACGGUGGCGGCGAGCAGCAGAAGAGGAGCAGCAGGCCCACCAAAUCCCGAACCUACCUCCUCGACAUCAACCCGGCCAGCGCCACGCUCGAGCGCCAGCAGGGCCUGAACGUCAUCGACGCGCGCUGGGUCGACACGAGCAACGGCAUGUUCGUUGACAUCACGGGCCUCGCCGAGCGCACCCCCGACUACUCGCCCGGCGUGUGGAGCUGCAAGAACUACCACCGCUACCGCACCCGCGACCUGUUCCCCAUGCGCCGCUCCGAGUUCGAGGGCGUCCCGGCCACGGUCCCCUACAGCUUCGAGGCCAUCCUGCGCGAGGAAUACGGCGAGAAGAGCAUGGUGGCCACCCAUUGGCAGGGCCACCACUGGGCACCCAAUCUAAAGGAGUGGGUGAAGGACCUGGAAACCCAAUAGCCCGAUAUUUGUCUCGGGGCAACAUAGUGAAGGAAGUGUAGGGGACACUCGAAAAUGCCCCGUCGUAUUUUGUUUUUAUGGUAUCUCGCCAUCUGUUUUGCUGUCUACACAUGAAGCGACAUGAUACGACAUGUCGUUUUUGGUAGGGACUGGCUAGGUACUAGGUUAGGUAGCCUCCCGAGGCCAUUUUCGUCUGUACAUAUUUGCCUUUUUUCAACCCGACUCCGUCGAGAGUUUGGUUCUCUACAUACAUACAUAUUAUAUUUGAGUCGUCUACCAGGUCCUGUAAAUACCGACAGGCUGUUGUUUCUGUUAAUAAUAAGCUUGUCCAGGCUUCUGUCACUAGCCAUCACAAAUUAAACGCCGCAGAGCAAAUUCCUGCAUAUACCUCGCUCCGUGUGUCUCAUCUGUCCUCCGGAUUUGAUAUUUAACAACAGUUUAUUGCAACGAGGGCGUGCGUAUGCGUGUCAAGGCUCAAGUUCUG